CAUAGGUGACAGAUCUGGUUCACUCACUCUCACACACUGGACAUCUUCACGUUGCUCUGUCACGUCUUGCCUGGCUGUUGGAAGCUUAGAAGAUGGCUGUGAACAAAUGUAUCAAGUACUGCCUCUUUGUUUUCAACCUGCUGUUCUGGAUCAGUGGAUGCAUCAUCCUCGGAGUCUCCAUCUACCUCAAAGUCAACCCUGUGUUUGGGGGGUUGUUACCGGGGCUGAACCUGCUGAUAGCCGUCGGUACCAUCAUCACGGUGCUCGGCUUCCUGGGCUGCUUUGGAGCCAUCAGGGAAAGCCGCGUCAUGCUCAUGCUGUUCUUCGUCGGGCUGCUCCUCAUCUUCAUCCUCCUGGUGAUCGCUGGAAUCCUGGGAGCUGUCGGAGUGAAUAAGAUUGAGGAAUGGUUGACGGAGAAGCUGCUACCGCUGAGGAACCAGUCGUCUUUGUUCCAGAUGUUCAUGCAGAAACUGGAAGAGCAGGCAAAGUGUUGUGGACUGAUCCAUGGACCUUCAGACUGGGGCUCAACAGUCCCCGCCUCUUGUGACUGCCGUGACACCACUCAGGAGUGCAAACUCGCAGACGGACAACGCAAAGUGUACUUGAGACCUUGUACCAAGUUGGUGAUGUCAGUCAUCGCGAAGGGUACAGUCAUCACCCUGGGGAUUGCAUUUGGCAUCGCAGUCUUGAUGAUCAUUGGAAUGGCCUUCGCCAUGACCCUGUAUUGCCAGAUUGGGGAGACGUAUGCCACGUUAAGCUAGGUACAGCUGCACUAUAGUAUACCACCUUAACCUAGGUACAUCUACACUAUACCACCUUAACCUAGGUACAUCUACACCAUACCACCUUAACCUAGGUACAUCUA